UUUCAGGUAUCUCCUUUGAUAACAAGUGUAAAUGGAUCAGCUGCUGACGUUCCUGUUAAAAUAGAGAAUCCGAAUAUUUAUUUUUUCCCUGUGAAGAAUAUUGAAUCCUGUUCUGUGUUGCUCGUCCAUCUUUGAGUCAAUUCGAGGUGAAAUUCUCUAGAAACAUGAUGGAUAAAACUAACUUGUCAAAAAUAACCGAGGAAGCAAUCAUUAAGAAAAGUAACGAGGUAGCAACAGUUGACCGACCUCCUUCACAUGCCAUUCCAUACGAAAGACAAUUUGCUCAACCCUACACAAUCCCAGCAGCUCAUCGGAGACCACCGACUACGAGCCCCAAACCACCGCCACCCCACUUUACACAUCAGAUCUUGAGUAACCAGUUCCUUCAGCGUUGUUACUUGAAGACACAUGGAUUAUUUCCAACAAAUCAGAAAAUCUCUAUUGAUGAUAUUUACGGGAAACAGUUUAUGCAGAACUGCUUCUUGACCCCAUCGUCAUUACAAGAGUGCACCGGAGAGAAUGGUUGCCCCAUCACUAAUGGGGUCCUUGAGAAACAGCCGUCACUUGCUGCUGAUGUUGCAGAGAAACGGGACAACGAUUGCAACGCAAUUGCUGGCAAGGAGAACAACUGCAGCGAUACUUACUGCAAUAAUGACCCCAUCCAUAUUCAACAUAAACCAAUGGCCCUCUUCAAGAAGGACCUGACGUCUACCAGUAUGGUUAGUCGUAUUUCUACGUUGGGUAACCUUCUGUUGACGACGCAACCGGUGCCAGAUAAGCCAUUCCAUUGUGAUCUGUGUCCCAAGAAGUUCACAAGGAGGAAUACGUUGCAGAUCCAUAAACGGAUUCAUACGGGGGAGAAGUUGUUCAAUUGUAACUAUUGUGCGAAACAGUUUGUUCACCGAGACAAGUUGCAGAUCCAUGAGCGGACCCACACGGGGGAGAAACCAUUCCACUGCAGUUAUUGUCCGAAGCAGUUCUCGCGCAAAGACAAGCUGAAAAUCCACGAGACUGUCCACACCGGUGCCAAACCCUAUCACUGCGAGUUUUGUUUGAAACAGUUUUCACGAGGAGAUAAACUCCAAAUUCAUCGGAGGAUCCACACUGGGGAAAGACCGUUUCCUUGCACCUAUUGCGGCAAAAGAUUCAUUCAAAGAGAGAAGCUGAAGAUUCACGAAAGAAUUCAUACAGGGGAGCGUCCCUUCUCUUGCGAUAUUUGUUGUAAGCAGUUUUCUCGCGGGGACAAACUCCAAGUUCAUCGUAGGACCCACACGGGGGAGAAACCCUUUUCCUGUGACAUUUGUCCCAAAUCUUUUGCCCAAAAGGACAACUUGGUCAUCCACAGACGUACUCACACGGGUGAGAAACCAUUUGCUUGUGAGAUCUGUACAAAAUGCUUUUCCCGCCGUGAUAAGCUGCAACUGCAUCGGAAAAUCCACACAGGGGACAGACCCUUUCAGUGUAAUUAUUGCCCGAAACAGUUCAUCCAGAGAGAUAAACUUAUGAUCCAUGAACGGACCCAUACUGGGGAGAAGCCUUUCCACUGUGAUCUUUGCAGCCGACAGUUUGCCAGGAAAGACAAGCUUCAGGUCCAUCGUAGAAUUCACACGGGGGAGAAGCCCUUCCACUGUGAAUUCUGUGCCCGUGAUUUUAAUCGCAGUGACAAACUACAGAUACACAGACGCAUCCACUUGAACAAUCUCAACAGCAACAACACACCUGACAAGAACCACACCGAACCCUGUGAUAUCUGCAUGAAAAAAGACUUUCUUGUACAACAGCAGAGAAUGCAGGGAAUGCAGGUCAGCAACGGCGCCGAGGACGCCCAUAUAUUGGCCAUGAAUAACCACGAGAGCAUCAUUACAGUCCCUGCCGUUGCUCAUCAGCACAAUGAAGAUCAUUUGGCACUGCACGAGUGCCAUGUUUGUCUGCAGAAAUUCCCAGACAAGGAAGCUGUCAUGCUGCACAUGAAGAUACACAGUGAACCUCUGCUGCAGUGCAACAUGUGCCCACGGCAAUUUGCGUCUGCGCUCAAGCUGCAGAGUCAUCAGAAGAGCCAUGGCUCUGUGAAGAAUAAUUUCUUGAAGCCAAAUUCUUGCAAAAGUUUAAGAGAGUAUACUCCGGUUAGCUCUAUCCUCUGUCCCUGGUGAUUGUACACUCUCUUCAAUAUAUAGAUUUAUUAUGUCUCCACACACACACACACACACACACACACAUAUAUAUACAU